GACGCAUGCGUUUCCGACACAACAAUACACAGCGGACUCCAUAACGGUACAUUGCACGGUCCAACUCCCUCACGCCUUGCUUACGGUAUGGCGGACGGCGAGAGGUCCCCGUUACUGUCAGAUCUUGGAGAUGGUGCUCCUGGCAGCGGUAACGGUGGAGUGUCCCCUGGUGCACCUCCUUAUGGUUUGCCAAAUAAACCACAAAGCUUCCCUCCGUUCCCCAGUCCCACCCAGCCCUCUGUGCCCCUGGGGGAGGAUCCCCCUCCGUACUCCCCCCUCACCUCCCCUGAGAGCGGCAGUGCCCCUGUCAUCAGUUGCAGAGUAUGCCAAAGCCUUAUCUCCGUAGAGGGCAAGACCCACCAGCAUGUGGUCAAGUGUGGGGUCUGCAACGAGGCUACGCCAAUAAAGAAUGCUCCAGCGGGCAAGAAGUACGUCCGCUGCCCCUGCAACUGCCUGCUCAUCUGCAAAGUCACCUCCCAGAGGAUCGCCUGUCCCCGGCCAUACUGUAAGAGGAUAAUCAACCUGGGUCCAGUCCACCCUGGGCCAGCUAGUCCAGACCCCCAGCCUGCUGGAGCCAGGGUCUCUUGUGGACACUGCAGCAACACUUUCCUGUGGACAGAAUUUACUGACAGGACACUGGCCAGGUGCCCUCACUGCAGGAAAGUAUCUUCUAUUGGUCAGAGGUACCCCCGAAGGCGGAGCUUGUGGUGUUUUCUACUCUGCUUGCUCUUCAGCAUCUCUACUGCUGGGCUGAUAGCCGGCACAUGGUUCCAGGCCCAGGACUACAAGGGCAUCUAUGCCUCAUGGGCUGUCUUGAUCCUGCUGGUUCUGCUCACCCUAGGCCGGGCUUUCUACUGGGCCUGCAUGCGUGUUAGUGAGCCCCUGCAGAACUUCACAUAGACCGCUCUCCCAACGCACACACAUACGCACACACACACACACAUACAGGACCCGAGAUGAAGGAAGAGAGGAAGGAGGAGAGACGUCUUUUCAGAUAAAAGAAAGAAAAAAAAGAAUAUUUAUUUAGCUGAAAAUCCCCAGUUCUCCUUUUCCUUUCCCCUCCUUUUUCUCUUUUAGCUAUUGUUCAGUGUGUUUCUAAACUGGGGUGGAGAUGUGUGUGUGUGUGUGUAUAUGUGUAUAUAUAUAUAUAUAUAUAUAUAUAAUCUUGUGGCCAGAGGGAGUUCAUUUAAAAUUUUAAAGUAAUGUUUUCCCCUUUGCUUUCAUUGUGGCUCAGACCUAUCCAUGUCAAAACCGCAUUAGGGUAUGGCUCGUUAUGUAAAUCUUAAAAGUUGACAUAGUCCUAAUCCUGAUUUAAAAUUAAUUUAAUCUGGGCAUUUUGACAAAACAAAAAAAAAAAAGAUAUAUUUUGGUGAGCAUUAUGAACUGAAGUCAGAUCAAACUAAAAACUUGGCCAUUGUGAAAUGAUGAACGCAGCCUUCCCCUGUUUGGCUGAACCUCAACUAGGGCCUAUACAGUAGGGUGUCUUCAAAGUGAAGCUAGUCAGUCUGUUUUUAAAUUGUGUUGAUGCUGCAUAUCUGUGGGACUGUCUUUGAUCCAAAGCAGCUUGGAAGCCUUAAAAAAGAGAGUAACAAGAUCAUAUUUUAACAUUCUCAUUGCCACACACACACAACAAAACACUCACUUUUUAAUAUCACUUUGACACUUACUUUAACAUACCAAAAACUCUCUCCCCCCCCCCCCCCCUCAGUGAGAAAUGUUUGACUUGUAGGUCUACAAUACUGUACACUAAUUAACAUUAAGUGAAACUACUUUCCACGUGGAUGAGGUCAGAGGACCUUGUCUUGUGGAUGAACUAUAGAAGAAAACUCCAGCACUCUAUGACCUUGCUGGAGUGUCAUUUUAAAGGGGAGGGGGUCAAGGAACGGUCGCAGAGGAAGGAGAAAAAGAUGGCAGUUUGGAACAUGGCAGCAGAGAGAGUCAGGAGCGAAGGCUUACACAGCACACGCAUAUUAAAACACUAACCAAACAAACAGUAACUUGUCAGUGGUUCUGAAUGUGGUAAUAGUUUUUUAUGGCUUUCUGUUUAAUUGUAAAUAUAUUUGUGGUCUGUGUAAGGUGCGUUAAGCACCCUAAACAGAUAUUUUGCACUGUGGUGCUUAACACUAUGGGAUUCCUGGAGAAACUUCUAUUUGUUUAUGUUGGUGGCUGAAAAGGGUUAUUUUUGUAACCCUUUACCCGUGACCUGGCUUAAUGAGUUUAUUAAUACUAACCUAUCUAGCCUUUGGAUGAGAGAUCAUCCAAAUCAUAACUUACAACCAACACAUGCGUGCAUACACAGACACAUACACACUUUACUAUUUGAACACAUUUCAGCCAUGUUACAAGAAAUGUCAUUCAACGCUAAUGAUGACAUUACACACACACCCGCCGCUAGGGAUCAUCAUGCUCUACACAUACUGCUACAUGAGAAGGUCGACCUGCUUGACAGGACGGUAGUAGCAGACAGUGACAGUUCUUUUGAAAAUGUUAUUUAUUACAAUGAUGAUCAUGUUUUAUCCAUGACUGUACAUUAUUGAUCAUGUUAAUGCCAACAAUCGAAACACCUGGCUGAUUCUCUGAACAGAGUUUGUUUACACUCGAAUAAAGACAUGAUGUAUGAUGAUGUGAACGUGGGCUUCAUCUGUUUAUUCAGGUAGAAUAAAGUUAAAGUAUGAAUUUUUGAGUUAUUUUCCCCCCACUAUGACCUCCUUCAGAGACACACACACAGACCACUUGGCUCCAUUUGGCCUCUUGAGUUUCACGCGGAUAUAUUUUUUCC